AACUUAUAAAUAAAAACACUAAUAUAUUAUGUAAUACAUAGGAAAGAAAAAAAAAGACAAAACUCAACAAACAUAAAUCAUAUUCAAGUCCCGCCUGAACACACUGUCUGAAUAAAAAAAAUCUAAUGCAUUAUUAAGCCUAUUGUAUAAUCGAAGAGACCUAAACAGGGGAGCAUUGUAACCACUGACCGUUCUACAUCUGAUAAUAUCAAAGGUGGGAUGAUUUCUGGAAUUGAACGCAGGAACAUGGAACCUGAUCAAUGAGAGCAGCGAAGGAGAAGAAAAUCGACCCCUUAACAGACCAUGCACGAAAAUCAAUGAGUCUCUCUCCCGUCGUAAUCUCAAUGAUACAAAGUGAAAGGUACCUCUCAAACGGUCUGUAGGAAAACCCAAAGAACAGGAUUGGCCGAAGCGCUUGUAAUAGAGAAACCUCAAAAACUUAUCCUGAACUACCUCAAGACCAUGAGUACACAAAUCAGUAUAAGGGUUCCAAAUCACAAUAUUAAUCAGUUAUUUUACAAUAUUAAUCAGUUAUCUAUAAUACCGAUUUAAAAGAAAAACAAUAUAGACCUAUCGUGAAUACCAUAGUAGGGUACAAAAUUAUUUCUUACAUUCUCAAGUUCUAAAAAAAUAGUGGUGAUUAAUUUAUUGUGUUUUUAUAUUUUCCCAAGCUUAAUUAUAUACCCAACAAUAUCAUCAGGAAAGAACCUAAGGCUUAGUCCAAAACUGUUCUCUCCCAAAUUUUUAGUCUUCCAAAACAAAAAUGUUCAUUUUUCACAGCUCGUAGCACACUGAAGACGCACCACCUUGUCGCACACUGGAGAUGCCGUUUUUCUCAGCACACGCUGGGAGCGCACCACGCCACCACGUACUGAACAUGACUCUCCACCCGACCACUGCCUCCAUUCAGAUGAAAUGGAAUCGAGAGCCAAAAAUAAAAGGAGAGGAGAGCUUCAAAGAGCUGAGCAAAGACUGCGAGUUGAUAAGAGUGAUAACAAACCAAAUUGUUGUUUCCAGUCCCCUCUUCUAUCUUCUUCGCCACCCCUCAGCCACAACCACGAAAACCACACAAUCAUUGGACAAACUUUGCUCUCUCGUCGACUGCUGCUCAGUUCUGUUCUCGUUGGUUUCAAUUUUCUGCUUUCAACAGGUCUCUUAAUAGAAAUGUCAGAAGAUAGCUUGCUGUGUUCUCGAUAGUGUCGACCUUUACAUUGUUCUCGGAACGGCCGCUUCUGAAAGCUCUGCUUGCUUUUUCGCAGCAUACACGAGGAGGACUCGAUGUAAUCCUCUGUGACAUAUCAACGAAAUUAAAUUGAAAAAUGGAGACAUGAGACAGCAAUAUUGUACAAACUGAUUACAUAGCUGAAGUGUUUUUAUAUAAGCACCAUUUGAUCUAUCUAUUGAUGAUCAACAUGUUGGAUCUAUCUAUUGAUGAACAACAUGUUGGAUCUAUCUAUUGAUGAGCAACAAGUUAGUGUGGAAGACUUGCCCUGGAAAAAUGAUCAACCUUUUAUGUAUUGAAUAAAAUCUUUCUUAUAUUAUAACUUCUAAUCGUGAAAUUUGUUUUUUAAAUUUUGUAAUUUUUAUGAACAUAAUUACAGUAUGUUGGUCGGCUGGUGUUUCUGAGAAUGUAUGUUCAUGAUAGAAUUAAUAAAAUAGAAUCUAUAAUAUAUUAUAAUGAAUAGAAUUGGAAGAAUUGUGAUAAGUUAGGAAUUUUAGAAGACAUUGGUAUGAAGCAGAAUACUUAGUGAGUGAUCAAUUCAAUUGAUUCCAAAUAGAUUUUGUUUCUUGAGAAUACCAGCUAGAAGGAUAAAUUCAGUUUAUUUUGUCCUUUUAUUCUCUCACCUGAAAAUAUUAUUCAUAGAGUUGAAAAUAUUAUCAAUCUGUACUGAACUGUUUUCGAACUUCUGUUGUUGACUUUGUGUUCAUUGUAAUUAUCAAAGAGUUAUAAAAGAAUUAUUGUCUGUAAAUUUUCCAACUGUAUACCUCUCAAAUGGCUAAAUAGCUAGAGAGGUUAUUAUAUAUGUAUGUACUUGGUAAAAUGUAAUGUUGUGGAAAUUGAAAUAAAUAAAUUGAAAUUGAAAAUUGAAACUUCUUGAAAAUCACUCAGUUGCUUAUGUCUUCAUACAAAUGUGUCCUUUUUUUAAUAACUCUACAGCAUCCAUCCAACACUCAUA